AGUGCUGAGAGGGCUUGGGGAGAGGAUUGUAGUGGAGCUCCAUCCCCAUUCCACUCCUAGCAGCUCUCUGGCCAUCCACCUCCAUUUCUGCCGGCUGGAAUAGACAAGAGCCUUGCCAACUGCCCCAGGCCUCCGCUGAGCUCGUUUAGGGAGAGGCAGGUGUGGCUGAGCUAGGGAAAAAACUGGAGCAGAGCUGAGAGGACUAUGAUGCCAGUGCAGCUCCUGUACUGCUUCCUGCUCUAGCCACACUCUUCACACUGCAUCCCCUUCUCUGCUUCCUCCUGUUCCUGCCUGCACGUCCUCUGUAAAUCAGGACGUAUUUUGGAGGGCCAGAAGGGAGGAAACCGUAGGAGGGGAUAUGAAGCACUUUAUGGGGAAAUGCGGACAAUUUUUUUUUUAACAAUGGCUAAGUUGAAACAAAUGUGUGCAUUUGAAUGUUGAAAUCCAAUACUUAAUACAGUGAACCUUCCAGCAAGAACAGGAAUAUACCAGCAGAGAUGGGAUUGCAUGAUAAUGGGUUUGAAUUUGUACUGUAUCUUUCCGGAAAACUUCAAUAGAGAAGUAAAACUAGUCUGUAACGAAUACUAUAAGAACUAUAAUGUAAAUUCUAGUAAAAUUGCCUGUAAUACCAAUUCCAGAUGCUUGUUUUUAAAGUGGUAGUUCCUUAAAAAAAAAAAAUUUCUUUCCAUUAGCACCUGUACUAGAAUUUGACUAUCUCAUCUGUGGAGACUGUGGCAAAGAAUUCAUGGAUUCCUACCUUAUGCAGCACUUUGAUUGGGCAACAUGUGAUAAUUGCAGAGAUGCUGAAGAUAAACAUAAGCUUAUAACAAGGACAGAAGCAAAAGAAGAGUAUCUUCUUAAAGACUGUGACUUAGACAAGAGGGAACCAGUUCUCAGAUUCAUUGUGAAGAAAAACCCUCAUAAUUCACGGUGGGGUGACAUGAAACUUUAUUUAAAACUACAGGUAAUCGAGCGUUCUCUUGAAGUCUGGGGUAGUGAAGAAUCAUUGCAAGAAGCAAAGGAACUCCGCCGUGACAGCAGAGAGAAGAUGAAACAGAAGAAGUUUGAUAAGAAGGUUAAAGAACUCCGUCGUGCCGUGAGGAGUAGUUUGUGGAAGAAAGAAGCUAGUAUCCAUGAACAUGAGUAUGGACCCGAAGAAAACAUUGAUGAAGAUACAUAUAAAAAGACCUGUACUGUAUGUGGCCAUGAAUUAACUUAUGAGAAGAUGUAGUGUUAAUCUUUUUUUUUUAUUAUCUUUUUAAUGGUAUUUUGUAUUAAAGUCAAAUAAAAGCUAAUUAUGAACAAGCUGUUGC